UAUUUCGCCAUGUUCUGCAGGCGACAAUAUGUCUACAGUGUGGUGACAAAGGAUUCUCUAACGCCUUUGUUUUCUGUGUAGAAUGUUUAGAAGUUGCUGUGCAUCGAUACUGCCUCAAUAAAAUUCCGGAAACAUUUGAUGAAUAUGUAUGUUGGGUUUGUGAUGAUUGUGAGGCGAAGGUGCCGAAACAUAUCGAGAAAUGUCCCGAGAUUGAUUUUGUAGAGCAUAGUCUUUUAGGAGGUGAUAGCGAAGGUAGGAAGAUUAGCGAGAAGGAGAAAUGUGAUCCUACUUAUGUGAUAGAUAAGAAAGAUGUAACAGCACGAGUAAUUAGCUCUUCGGAGCAAUUACAAGCAAGAACUGAUUGCAUUGAACGAACUCAAUUAACUGAUCUUUCUCCCUUGCCAACUGGGAUUGAUUGCUCACCUGCCGAGAUGGUUGGGCAAAGACUUCAACCUUGUAUUUCCGAGCAACCUCGUGAGGCAAAUACUCAGCUCGACGCAAUGGGUGAUUGUUCUGUCAUCACUGAAAAGGGGAGUAUAUUUUCGUCUAAUGAUUGUCAUGGAAGGGAAUCAAAAAGAGAUAGGAGAUCGACACCUGAAAAUAGAACUGCUCUAAAUGGAGACGCUUCUCAAUCUUUGAAAGGCGAACUGCCAAAAGAUUUUAUACAUGGUGUCCAUGAACAAGCACAGCCUGUUUAUGAUCCUAUUUGGAGGGGUGGUUUUAAUAUAUGGAACAAAAAAUAUGAAAAAUUUGGCGGACUUGUAGCUCACCUAUCAGUCAAAGCAUGCCAAAAGGUUUUUGAAGAAGCAAAAUUAUUUCCUCCUUUGCUUCGCCUGGAAAUGCUUCCGAAAUCUGAUAUAUGGCCUAAGAGUUUCAAUACAUCAGAACCCUCUGAUGAUAACAUUGCAAUGUAUUUCUUUCCUUUGGAUGCGAGACAUGUGGGGGAUUUUGAUCAUUUGGUUGAGGAGAUGAUUGGCGAACAACUUGCUCUCCGAGCAGUUGUGACAAAUGCGGAGCUGUUGGUUUUCACUUCCACGGAACUGCCCCUGCUUCACUGGAGAUUCCAAGGCAAACACUAUUUGUGGGGCAUUUUUAGAGCAAAGCAGGAUUCUAGUAGCUCUCAAAUGGUAUCGAAUGGGAUUAAAUCUAUGAUGCUUCAAACUCCAGGGAAUGUUUUGGAUGUCAGAGAUAAGAUAAACCUUGUGAAAGCCAAAAAUUGGGGUGCAGAGAGUCCUAUGAGCCCUUUAAGCAAUAGCGCAAGCCUUGCGUCUAGCAAUUCCUGAAGCAUCUGAACUCCGAGCUUUUCAAUAGAUAUACCUCGGUUAUAUUUCAUCUCUUCAAGGUUUCUUCUAAUGGUAGGCCUGGGCCUCUAUUCCUGCUUUUCGGGUACCUCUUCAUCUAGUAUCAGACGAUUCGUUAGACAAUUCUUCUCGGUGCAAAACAAAGGUUUGAAAACCUAGGAGUUUAAUAAUGAGCAUAACGGCCUGCUCGUUUUUGUACUAUUUGACCGAAAUGAAAUUUUGAGGCCUAAUGAAUGCAUUCAAGGGCUGUUGGUAAGUAACCCGGUGAAUAAAGCAAGGAAGCUGACUCACAGGGCUUUGGUCUAGUGGUAAGAAUGCAGCGUGUGAUGUGUGGGUUAGACGCAUGUCAUGAGUUCAAACCUUGCCGCACACAAAUGCUUGGUACUUAAGUGGAGAAAGGUAGAGGACCAGGCUCAUUAUCCACCGAGUUUGAAUCGUGCAUUGCUGCCCCUCGUGAAUUUCUCAGUUAUCAAAAAAUAAAAAUUUAAAAAAAAAAA